AUGGCAUCCGCCGGCCCUCCCUCGACACUAUCUUUCCCCAGAGAAACUUUCGCAAAGCUCUCUCCUCACCCAUACCUCCUCGCGCAUCUCCAGCCGUCUUCCUCGAAUGUCCCAUCCACCCGCGCAAACGGCAGAACACCAACCCAGUUCAGAACCCCACACAUCAACAAUGGCUCGCUGACACACGCCGAGGGCAGCGCCGUGGUACGGAUAGGGGAUACGACUGUAGUCUGCGGUAUUCGGGGCGAGAUCUUGCUUGCUAGCAACGUGGCGGGGUAUCGAGUAGACAACGCGACGACAGCGCCUUCGGCCCAACCUGGAUACAAUGAGGCGAAGGAGUUGGAUUUGCUGGUUCCCAAUAUCGAGCUAGCUACCGGAUGUUCACCAGCAUUCAUGCCAGGUCAGCCCCCGAGUACGUUGGCGCAGAGCCUGAGUACGAGGAUCUAUUCGCUUCUGCAUUCGAGCGGCUUGGUUGACGGCGAGGAAUUGAGAAUAUGGUAUCAGCCACCGGACCUUGGCGACCAAGACCGGAUGGAGGAAGAUGAUCCAGAGGACCUAGAGCCCGAGGUCAAGGCGUUCUGGGUCCUGUACAUCGAUAUCCUGUUCAUCUCACUUGACGGAAACCCCUUCGAUGCGGCAUGGGCGGCGGUGGUAUCAGCUCUGAAGGAUGUGCGUUUGCCAAAGGCUUACUGGGAUGCAGACCGGGAGAUGAUUCUUUGCGAAGACUCCGUGUCGAUUUCGAAGAAGCUCACGUUGAGAGGCAUGCCGAUUGCUGUCACAACCUUGGUUUUCAGGGCGAAGGAGCAAAUACAGGGUCGGGACAAGAAACACUGGAUAUUGGUUGACCCGGACACAUUUGAGGAGGGACUAUGUGACGAGAAUGUUACGAUCGUCGUCGAUUGUGGGGGUAAGAAGACUAAGUUACUGGGCAUAUCAAAGUCUGGUGGGACGAUUGUUGGAAGCGAGGAGAUGGGUGAACUGGUGGGCUUGGCUGAGAAGAGGUGGAAGGAACUCAGCACGCUACUGGAACGAUGA